CAACCUGCUGGUUACGAGUAGUUCACUUCUCUCCCCCCCCCCCCCCUUCCGGAAGCUUGUUUGGUUUUAUCAGCUGAGGCUUCGCCAACUUGGCGCCCUCCAGAUGUUGGGUCUGCGACUCCCAUCUUUCCUUGCCAGGGAAGGUGGAGAGCGCCAUGUUCCACUAGGACUGGAGAGGAUAAAACACUGGGACCCCGGGAAAGGGGAAACUGCUCUUCUGACCGGCACUUUUAUGACAUUAAUUGGAAAAUUGCGCUUAGAUUCUGACUUUUAAGUUUAGGUUAAUAUCUGUGUGUUGUAUUAAAACAAAACUUACUGUAUUGAAAGUCUAAGAUCAAAAUAAUUGUAUUGGGGAGAGAAAAAGAGACCGACCCUGUUAGCGCAAACGAACUUGAUUUGGAAAGAUCUGUAAAGAUUCCUUCAGUAGGAAUCUAGUGGUUUUUACCCUGAUUAUUAUGCAAUAGCGAGAGUACCUUUUUGUACUUUUUUGUUUUGUUUAAGCGCUAUACGUGGGAAGGAUUUUUUAAAAAUCUUUUAAGAAGCUAUCUCCCAGAAUUGGAUAAAGAAUUGCUUUCUUGUGGUACUGGACUUGGGUUGCUUCUGUUUUAGUUCAUAAUUCAUAUUUUGUUUUGUGAAGUAUUGUCACUAAUUUUUAUAUUUUAAAUUUUUUUUAUUAAACUUUAAAAAUGCAGACUAAAACCCUAAUACAAGCUGAAAAGUACAAAAAGCAAAAAGUAGAGGGAGAAGAAAAAAAAAUAAAAGGAUUUUUUUCUUUAUAUAUUAUAUCUUUUAUUUUUUUACUGUAACUCAGAAGCAAGUUACAUUUAUGCUGCCAAAGAUACUGACUGGAUUCAGAGAAUGCAAAAAUAUUGUGUAAACUCAUUUGCAUAGCUUCAGAAAACUGUUGUGACUUAACCAUGGUUUGGCUGGUCAUAAGUAAAUGUGUCAUGCCAACAUAGCUUCUGAAGGGUGAAAUUUAAAUGCUGACCUCAUUUUUCAGGUUCAAUCUCCCAAAUGUUAAGGUGGUAACAAGGGGAGUAGAUUUUAUUUCCCUCCAGGAUGUUUCUUACACUCCAGGCUGAAUCAUUUAAGCGUGCCAUCCUGUUUAUUCUUAUUCAAAAGUAUCAUCAUAUUUGUUGGAGUUUACUCCAUGAAAUGUACUAAGAAUUUAAUACAUUUAAUAAUAUACCUUUACCAAGAUGCAGUACAAAGAAAAAAACCCUAUAAUAAUUACAAGGCAAUCCAACUAAAUUAUGUUUGAACCCAGUAAACAAAUAUUAAACAACCGACACAACAAUAUAUUUAAAACAAUGCCCUGCAAUAGCAUUGAAUUGGUAGACAUAAUCAUAAUUCUGGGCUCUGGUUUUAAGUUUCCUGCCUAUUCUUUCAAUAUAUUAAACUAGGCUAGUGAUAUGGUGAAAGUCUUCACCUGGUUCCUUAGACAAUUAGAAGGAGAGGCUAAAUCUUAAUAGUGGCUAUGAAUCUGCAGGCCUUCCAAAUAUAGAGAUGCUCCAUCUGUAGCUCUGAAGAUAAUUUGCAGUCGCUCUAGCUUGAAUAGUAUCUGAAGGCCGUAAUCAUCAGAGCAAGUACAAGUACAGCCAGUGUGCCAAUUGUUCUUUCCAUAGAUCGGUAGUCAUUACAUGUGAUCACUCAUAUUUUUGUCAUUUCAUGUGUUAUUGCAACUGUUGCAUGAGAGCUGCUGUAUUCGGUUUAUGGUCAUUUACUCACAUACAGCCCUAGAAAAUAGGUACACUCAAAUCACCUUCAAUCGAAUGCUGAUCCACAAACGAUUCUGUAGAAUACGUCAGGGGUGUCAAACUUGUAGUCCGCGGGCUGGAUGCGUCAUGUGCUUGUCCCGAUACGACAUAUGACGACGAUGUGACGAUGACGUGAGUUUGACACCCCUGGAAUACAUGGUGACCCAGUGAAUUUAAAUAACAGCAAACUAUACUGGUUACAAUGUAUAUACUAGGGGUGUUAUUCACUUAACUUUGCUACAGGUUUGCAAAUGUGAGCGUGCGCCUCCACGCAUGCGCAGAGCCUUCUGCACAUGCGCAGAGGGUCAAAAAUGGAUGUGAUGACUCCGGGCGGGUGGGCGGAGCCUCCCACUGCCAGCACUGCUGGAUCGUGCAAUCCGGAUAAAGCCGGCUGAAUUUCACCACUAUUAUAUACCGUACAUAUAUUUGCUUUUUCACAUGUGUGUGGUAUAUGUACGUGUGCACAUACAUACAAACUUAGCCACAAUUAACCUUAACUCUGCUGGCAGGCACUAGCUAGAGGGAUGAAAAGUGCCAAGUCUGGAUCCAAAACCACUCCAAGGUCUUCAGGACCCCUUUAUCUCCCAGAGUCCUUGCUUUGUUGAGCCACAAGACUGGCUGCUAGUCUGGCCUUGUUGAUUUUCAAGUCUGGUAGCUCUAAUGGAAUUUGGGGAGGGGUCUCCCAAGUUCUCAAACCCAAUUUCUUUCGUCUGGUUUAGGUGACAUUUUUUCUUCGUUUCCUUAAUGACUUGGUUCCUUCUUAUUUAUUUCCUGAAGGGAUCUUUUAGAUAAGAGCCUGGUCCACCUUGCUUACCUGCCUUCAUCAUUUUUAGGUAUGGAAGCUUCAGCCUAAUCUUAAACAACUCACUGUACAUGGGGCUGUUCAUUCAGAAGUUUAGAUCAUGUGGCUGCCUGUAUAGUUAUUGACAUAUCUAAAUUUAACCAUGGAACAGUUCUAUUCAUUGGAGCAGCAUUGGCUGCUAGUUAAUUUCUGGGGCACAAUUCAAGGUUCUGGUUGUCAUCUACAUGAUUUGGUACCUGGCUAUCUUCAAGAGCAUCUACUCCAAAAUGAAUCUGUCCAUCCAGUAAGAUAAGGAAGAGAGGGCUUGUGGAGGUCCUGCUCCCAAGGGGAUUCCAUCUGCAGAGUUUGGCUUUAAUAGUUGCCUUUUCACAUCCAAACAUCCUCUUGCAAUUGAGCUAUUGCAGAUCCAUGAAAACAUGGCCCCUUGAGAGAGCACGUGGAAGGUGCUAAGGCCUGACUUUCUCCUGGUGGAUGGCACUGUUUCUGUUUUGAGAUUACACAAUUGAAUUAUACACCGUUUUAAUUUUUUAUGACUUUAUACCAGUUAGAGGUGCAGGAAUAAAGUAGCACAGAAAUCCAGGCAAAUUAACAUAUACAUUUCUUCUUUCAAGAUCUCUCACUGUCAGAAUAGGAAAUGUAGUAGUGGAAAACUUUUCCAGACUCCAAUAUAAAUUUUCCUAAUGGGGGAAAGGAAAUAAAGGAAUGGUGGCAGGGAGAGUUCCAGAAAAAGCUAUAAAUUACAAGGCUCCCAUUCUUUCCCAGCUCCUGACUUAACAGAAGGGAAGAAAUAUAAAAAAAUACGCAGCCAGAAGGGAAUGCCCACAUCCUUGUUUUUGUCCUCUGCUCAGCAAACAUCAGCUUGAAUGGUUGAAUCUCUCCUUGAUCAGUUUCCAUCCAUUAUUCUUUGUCUGGCCUUCGGAUGCCUUGGAAAACAGCUUGACUAAGACUAUGACCUGGAUGAUUGAGACUCUUCAUAGACAUUUCCCUAUUCAAAAGGAAGUACAAAACCAAUAUCACCCAGUUUACUUCAUUGCUUCAGUGAAUAUAACUCUAACACUGUCUUUGGCCUCUGAAAGAUUGCCUGGCCCAAAAUAGAUACAUCAAAACUCUAACUUGGUAAAGAGUCCUGAGAUAUUGCAAUUGUAUGUGAGAUUGUGAGAAUGACCUUGGGAGACGAGGGAAAGAGCCACACCAGGGGAACAAUCAGAUUAGAGGCAACUUCGCCCUCAGCAAGAAUGUGGAUGUGGCAAGCAUAUCAGGAGGGACCCUUCCUAGUUUCUUGACUAUACAGAUGAUGGUGGUGUGGAUGGAUGGAUGGAUGGAUGGAUGGAUGGAUGGAUGGAUGGAUUGGGGAGAAAUUUCCGGCUUGAAAUAUUCUAUUAAUGUAAGCUUGUAGUAAAGUAGUAUUACUUUAUCUGGGCAUGCUUCUCAUCUGUACUACCUCACAAGGCUGACAUCAGCCUUACUAGUAAUUACAGUGGCUCUUCCCCCUUCUCCCAAGGUCAUUCCCACACACCAUUACAGAGAUAAAACAGGACAAGAAGAUAUUGUAUCCCUCAAAAGACAGAGAAACAAUUCUGCUUAGAAGACAGCUGUCUUCAUUAACUGACAGCAUCUUUUUAGCCUCUGAGAUUCUGUUUUCUUGCAAGGCAUACCUGAUGUAAUGUGUUUUGCAGUAGAUUUCAGGCUUUCCUGCAGUUGCCAGCACUGAAGUUAGCAUGUUCCUUGAGAGAACUUCUUUUGUCUCCUAGAAGCACAAUGGAUACAGCAAGCCACAGCCUGAUCCUCCUGCAACAACUCAACAUGCAGCGAGAAUUUGGCUUCCUUUGUGACUGCACAGUUGCAAUUGGAGAUGUCUACUUCAAAGCUCAUCGAGCUGUCCUGGCUGCUUUUUCCAACUAUUUUAAGAUGAUAUUCAUUCAUCAGACAAGUGAAUGCAUAAAGAUUCAGCCCACUGAUAUCCAACCUGACAUAUUCAGCUACUUGCUUCAUAUAAUGUACACUGGCAAAGGACCUAAACAGAUGGUCAAUCAUACGCGACUAGAAGAAGGCAUCCGUUUCCUGCAUGCUGACUAUCUUUCCCGCAUGGCAAUUGAAAUGAACCAGAUGCUUUCUCCAGAGGUUGUGCAGUCUUCAAACCUUUAUGGGAUUCAGAUCUCAACCACGCACAAGGCUAUGAAGGAGAAUCUCCAAGCAAAAGAAAAUUUAACCAAUAUUGGUAGUAGAGCCACUAAUCAGGGAGAUCACCCUCAGCUCCAGCUAUCUCUGGCAAUUGGGCUGGAUGAUGGGUCUUUGGACCAGCAGGUUUCCCAUCCUUCUACCAAGACACCUGGGAAACCACCAGAGGAGGCUGCAAAUCCACCUGUGACUAUAAAGCAAGAGAAGACUGAUGCAGAGCCAGUUGUGUCUCAGAGUCACACAUCAUCCUCCCCAAAUCCCAGGGGUCCAUCCUUUUCCAAAGAAAACCUCAAAGUUCAUUUAUGCCAGUACUGCGGGGAACAUUUUGAAUCCAGGAACAAUUUAUGUGAACACUUGUUUACUCAUGUGUCAGAAUCAUUGCCCUUCAGGGUUCCCACCUCCAUCUUGGAAAGCAAUAACCUUAGCCAACUACAGCCACUCAGUGAAAACUGUGAAGCUACUGAAAGCCACCGACUCAGUUCCUUCCUUCAGAAAGAAAACGAGCACUACUCAGAAUAUCCCAGCCACCCCAACUUAGAGGCACUGCCAAUUGGCCAGCUGUCACUAGUGUCCAAGGACACAGAACCUGUGGAACUAAACUGUAACUUUUCCUUUUCACGGAAAAGAAAGAUCAGCUGCACUGUUUGUGGUCACAAAUUUCUCCGAAAAAACCAGCUUCUUGAACACAUGUAUACGCACAAAGGUAAACACUUCAAAUUUGCCCGAUACCAGCGGGUUGGCAACACGGCAGCCGUCAAGUUUCAGCCAUAUGGUGACAAUUGGAUCCCAAGUAUGGUGAAAAGCGGCACUAUCUCACAAGCUCAGGUGGAGUCACAAAACACAUUGGAUCCUGACCUCUCUCAAGAGAGCAUUGAUACCAUACUUGUGGAAUAGUUCUCUCCUUUUCCAUUCUCUUUGACCUGCAAGUUUGUAGCCUGUGCAUUCAUGCAUUCAGCCCUAUUGUAUGAAUACUGUUGAAGGAGUUAUUUGUUCUUCUGAAAUACACCCUGUUUAUGUUCCUAGUUGGUGGGUCAGCUAUUUUCCAGAAUAUCCCCAGUAAUGUAUGCCAUCAGGAAUGCAUUUGGAAAAAGCAUAUGAUAUAGCCAGAUCUUUGUACAUAUUUUUGUACAUAAAAUAUGUAAAAUAUUUUGUACAUAAAAUAUUGCUGAGAAAUACAAUCAGAGCCAAUGAAAGAAUGGAAAUUUCACAUGCAGGAAGUAUUUGGUUCAGACUGAUUGCUGGAACUUAAAAGACCAUGGAAUGCUAUUCUCUGUCAACAUUGGGUUGUGAUACAUGUUCUGCUCAGUCCACUGUUGUGGAAGAUGUGAUAGUCACAGAUAUUUUUAAUAAUAACCAUAUAAUGCUGGCAUGUCACCUGUAGAGUUUUCCAUGAUACAUCAGGUUGGGAGGACAACAAAGGGAAAUUGCAGUACUCAUAAAAGAAAAUGGUUAUUGUAAAUCAUAUUUAAUUUAAAUUAAAUAUGUUUUAAAUUAAUAUUCUGUUUAAUGUUCUUCAGUUUAAAGAAGGGUUAUAGCAUGUCACUGAUUAGUUCACUAGUUAUGAUGAAAUUAGAUUAAACAAUUCAAGUUCUGUAAAAUAA